CUCGCUGGUCGGGCUACUUCUUCCCUCCCCCGUCGCGGUGCUGCUCCCGCGCGGCCCCCACGGUCCCCGCAGCGGCCCCGACAGCGGCGCGCCACGGCGCACGCUCCGCGGCCCGAGCAGGCGCGUCAGCCGAGCUCGGCGGUCGCGCGGGCGGCGGGGACGCAGCUGACCCCGCUCUGCGCCCGCUGCACCCCGGCCGCCACCGUCACCUCGGCCCCGGGCCGCCGUGAUCUCGCCUGGCGGCUGCGGGCGGGGCGCCUCGGGUUCAUCUCCUGAAAUUAACUUUUCAAGAUGAAGUUUUUAUUGGCAAUAGCCUUUUUAAUUUUAAUUUCUUUGUGGGUUGAAGAAGUCUAUUCUAAGGAAAAGUCUUCAAAGAAAGGAAAGGGGAAAAAGAAGCAAUACCUAUGCCCAUCUCAGCAGUCAGCAGAGGACCUUGCAAGGGUACCGGCCAACUCCACUAGCAAUAUCUUGAACAGACUCUUGGUCAGUUAUGAUCCUAGGAUAAGACCAAAUUUCAAAGGCAUUCCUGUUGAUGUAGUAGUGAACAUUUUUAUUAAUAGUUUUGGAUCCAUCCAAGAGACAACAAUGGAUUAUAGAGUUAACAUCUUUCUGAGACAAAAAUGGAAUGAUCCCAGGCUGAAGCUCCCUAGUGAUUUUAGGGGCUCGGAUGCACUGACGGUGGAUCCGACCAUGUACAAGUGUUUGUGGAAACCUGAUUUAUUUUUUGCAAAUGAAAAAAGUGCUAAUUUUCAUGAUGUAACCCAGGAAAAUAUCCUUCUCUUUAUUUUUCGCGAUGGUGAUGUCCUUGUCAGCAUGAGGUUAUCCAUUACUCUUUCAUGCCCUUUGGACUUGACUUUGUUUCCCAUGGACACACAACGCUGCAAGAUGCAACUCGAGAGCUUUGGUUAUACAACUGAUGAUUUACGGUUUAUCUGGCAGUCAGGGGAUCCUGUUCAGUUAGAAAAAAUUGCCUUGCCUCAAUUUGAUAUUAAAAAGGAGGAUAUUGAGUAUGGCAACUGUACAAAAUACUACAAAGGCACAGGCUACUACACGUGUGUGGAAGUCAUAUUCACCCUGAGAAGACAGGUCGGAUUUUAUAUGAUGGGUGUCUACGCCCCGACCUUGCUGAUUGUGGUUCUCUCCUGGCUUUCCUUCUGGAUCAACCCAGACGCAAGUGCUGCCAGAGUACCCCUGGGCAUCUUCUCUGUCCUGAGCUUGGCCUCUGAGUGCACCACCCUUGCUGCUGAGCUUCCCAAAGUAUCCUACGUGAAGGCCCUUGAUGUUUGGCUCAUUGCCUGUCUCCUCUUUGGGUUUGCUUCGCUGGUGGAGUAUGCGGUUGUCCAGGUGAUGUUGAACAACCCCAAAAGAGUUGAAGCUGAGAAAGCCAGAAUUGCUAAGGCCGAGCAAGCAGAUGGAAAAGGUGGAAAUGCAGCUAAAAAGAAUACUGUGAAUGGCACAGGGACUCCUGUUCAUAUUAGCACAUUGCAGGUUGGUGAGACCAGAUGCAAAAAGGUUUGUACUUCAAAGUCUGACCUGAGAUCUAAUGACUUCAGCAUUGUUGGAAGCUUACCAAGAGAUUUUGAAUUAUCCAAUUAUGACUGCUAUGGAAAACCCAUUGAAGUCAACAAUGGACUUGGGAAAUCUCAGGCAAAGAACAAUAAGAAGCCUCCCCCUGCCAAACCUGUUAUUCCAACAGCAGCAAAGCGAAUUGACCUAUAUGCAAGAGCACUAUUUCCUUUCUGCUUCUUGUUCUUCAAUGUUAUAUAUUGGUCUAUAUAUUUAUGAUAAAUUAUUUCAUUUCUAUCAAGUAAAAUCCCAUUUCAUUGUGACAAACCCAAUUCAUACCUGCUGAUAUGUGAAAACUUUUGCAUUUUCAUAGCAAUAUAUUGCAUUUUGGAUGCCAUUUGAUCAUAAUAAAAUGUGGCACCUUACUUUUGAAUGGCAGCAUGAUCCUAUAAUGUCUGUGCUCUAAUAAAGAUGUAUAUAUGUAUAGCAAGCAUAUUGCUUUAGGAAUAAAUGAAGGAUAAGCAUACUGCAUAAUAUAAAUCCAAACAUUUUUCUUCAGUUAGUGUAAACUGCAAAUACUUCAGAUAUUUCUGGUAAUAAAAUGAUGUGCACGCUGAUUCCUGUUAUGGUCACUAUUCUAAUGUAUGUAGUAUUCCCAAUUUCCUUCCUUGUAACUUUCAAAGAAAACCAUCUUAUUCUUGUAUAAUUUUAGAUGGUACUAUCACAGAUUAAGCCAAGUAGUGUUACAUAUUGUUUAAAUUUUGUAAGUAGAAAUAUAUCAGUUAUAAUUAUGCAGGCUCUGUGGAGAAAUAAAGUUCCAAAAGCUAUUAAUUUGUAAAAUCAGCUCAUUUUAAGGUGUGCCUGUGUUGUCAAAUUGCCAGAUAACAAAACACAGUAAGCAUUUUUAAAUAAAGGGAAAUCCACACUUAUAUAAAUGCAUACUGAAUUCUGAGUUCUGGUAAAUAAAAAUACAUAAAGGAUACAUGCAUCAAUUAAAUAUUUAGCAUAAAAUUUAUUUAAACCAGUUUAAAACCCAAGUAGAUUUUCAUGAAUUUCUUUUGUUGAUAGAGUACACAAAAGCAUUGUGCCUUAAAAAGAGUUAUACAUAUUUUAAAUCAGAGAGGAGUGACAGAUAUAUGAUUUCACAUCAUUUUUAGGAAACCAAGGGGAAACAAGUACCCUAUUACUAGAAGUAACUUGAAUUGGAAAAAAAAAAAUCCAUAAUCAUGAAAGGAUUUUUAACUUCUUUAUUUUAUUAAAAUGCUUACGUAUUUUAAGUAAAAUUAAAAAUGUUUUCUGAAUUAUUUUAUGUUUUAUGUAUUUGAAUAUUUGGGAGUAUGUUACAAAACCCUUAAAGAUUAUGUAAAUGAUAUCUUUGUUUAUGUUAGACUUCAUUUCUACUUGUAUUUUCUCUCUUGCCAAAAGUCUAGACAACCGAGUUUUACUUACUUUGAUCUUGUUCCAACCUGAAAAUAAGCACUAAGUCUCCUUUUAUGAGACCCCCCCCAUUUUCUAAUAUCACAUCCAAUGCACCUUUUUAUUUCUGCCACAGCUGAAAUUAGAACUAUCAGUAAUUCACAUAACAUAAACAUAAGACCAAAGGAAUACACUUAUAUUAUUUGGAGGAUUUUGUUCCAGCUGAACUUUCCUAUGACCAAUUCAAUAUAAUUAUGGCUCAUGCAAAUCACCAUCUGUAAUUCAGUGCUAUUCAGUUCAUUGAGGAUAUAAUUUUGAAAAGAUCAUUGCUGAUCUUGAAUUUUUUAAUGGGAUAUAAUUUAAUCUUCUUUAGUCCUUCAGCACCCCCUAGUUGCAAAAGUGUACCCAUCUGAAUAAUUUUAAAAUGCCUCAAGUAACCCUAUGGAUGGACUUCAGUAUCCUACCGAGGCCCAAAGCAGUAGCACUUUAAUGGAACUGUGGUAGGAAAAACGGGAUCUUGAAUAGGAUUUAAAUCAUUUAAAAUUGUAUUUGCAAAACUUAUAUUUGCUUAUGUCUUACUUAUUUUUACAAAUUACGUUCUUAUGGGGGAGUUUGAUCUAAAGUUUUAAGUGUAUGAUGUACCAUAUUGAAGAUGGAUCUCAUAUAGAAAUAUAUUUGUUGAAAAUAAUGUGAAUGAAUUUCUUCUUUGUAAUAUAAUAUUGUUCCCUCUUUAAGAUCAAUUGUAAUACCAAAUUACAUAUAAAUAGCUAUCCCAGGAUUAAGUGUGUAUAUAUGACUUCAAAUGGAACAUUAGACAAUGAUCAUAACUGAGAAGUGUUAUCAAAAGUUGAUUUGUAAUACUUCUCUUUAAGGUUUAGUAACUUAACUCCAGGGCAGUUCUCAUCUGUACAUUCUAUAGUAUAUAUUUCUAAAUUCGUGGGAUCUUCUGUACCUCAAAUCAAGUGUCUUCAAAAUAAAAAUUAUCAUGUCCUCAUAAAUCAGUAGGUCCUUUUAUUUUCCAUUUCUGUUUAAGGCAUAGAGUUUCCCUUCCUUUAUCACACUGUAUAUUCUUUCAAGUCCCCAGUCCUAAUAUUCUCUCUUAUGGUUUGGAAAUUAAUUUGGAAAUUUCUUCCAAAGGCCAUGUAUUUAAGGAGUGGUAGCCAGCCUGUGGCACUAUUGGAAAGUAGGGGAACCUUAAUAAAGUGGGCCCUAGUGGAAGAAGAUUAGGUCAUCAGGGGCAUAACUGAAAGGGGAUACUGGGACCUCAGACUCUCUUCUUUUUCUCUUUGCUUCCCAGAAUCUAUGUGGUUAACAUCUUUGCUCUACCACAUUCUCCACACCAUGAUGUUCUGCCGUGCCACAGGCCCAGAAGCAAUGUGACCACCCAACCACAAACAAAAAACUCUGAGUCAAAAUAUAGUUUUCCUCCUUUUAAGUUGAUUUAUCUGUGAUAUUUGUCACAGUGACAGCUGACUAACAUUCUCCACCCUACACUUUCUACCUCCUACCCAUUCCUGAUGACACUAUCCUAAUCUUCCCACUCUACUUAAUCAGACUCUAUCAGCAGUUGACAGUCUCACUCCACUAUAACUUGACUUAAUUUUGAACUAAAUUUGUGAUUAUUUUAUUUGUGAAUUGCACAAAUGAUGCAUUAACAUGUUUAUGUAUUUUAAAACACAUGGCCAAGCGCAGUGGUGCAUGCCUGUAAUCCCAGCAUCUCAGGAGGCUGAGAUAGGAGAAUUGCAAGUUCAAAGCCAGUCUCAGCAAUUUAGUGAGGCCUUGAGAAACUUAACCAGACCAUGUCUCAAAAUAAAACAUUUUUUUAAAAAAAGGACUGGGCAGGAGGUUCAGUGGUUAAACCCCUCUGGGGUUCAAUUUGCUGUACAAAAACAAACAAACACACACUUAUAUUCAGAGUCAGUUGCUAUUAUCACUUUCUUUCUGUAAGCUUGUCUUUCUCUUCCCUAGGGUUCACCUUGAUUUGCAACCAUCCCAGAUCUUAUCCUGAGUAUUUUAUCCACUAUCUAAUUUUUAAAUAUAAAAGAUAAUUUUAAAUAAUGGGAUAUAACAUAAAUGAGAUUUUACAUUGUAUGUAUUGUUUUGCAAUUUCUUUGUUGUUGUUUUUAUUUCAUGUGUAUUGGAGUUCUUUCCAGGUGGGGACAUAGAUGACAUUCAUAAACCUAACUUCUGUCUCCUUUUAUUCUGUAGGAUGAAUGGACCUGAAUUUCAUUUCUUUUUAAAGUGGAAACUUAGUUUGUUUGUUUUUUCCUAAUAAAAAAACAGCAGUAUCACAAUAAGUAUCUGUGUGCAUGGAUAUGAAUAUUUGCAUGACGCAGACGUCAGAAAUGGAGUACUGAAUUGAAAGAUAAAAAAUUUAAGGUUCUCUUAAAUUUCUCUCCAAACAGAUGCUAAUGUAACCCAUGAUCUGCCCAAUCUCUGAUUUUAGUUCUUACCCCAUAUUAUGUUGUUACUCUGUUGGUUUUCUUUUUAAAAAACUUUUUAUACCAUUUUGGACAUUCAAAAUUACUGAAAAAAAUGUUACAGAUAAUUCUAUGUACCCUUUGUCCAAAUUUCCCAGUGUUAAUAUUUUCUCACACUUGCUUUAUUUUUCUCUCUUCUAUGUGUGCCUCAAACUAUUUUUUCUGAAACUUUCAAAAUAAAGUAGCAGACGGAGUCCUUUUACCUCUACAUUAGGAGUGUUUCCUAAAAUACAAUGACAUUAUCUUUCAUAACCAGAGUAGUACAAUGUACCAACAUCAGGAAAUGAACAUUGAUUAAAUGCUAUAAUCUAGACUUUCAAUUUGAAUUUACCAAAGGUCCCAUUACUUUUUUGCUAUUGUUCAGGAUGCAAUCUAGCAUUAUGUGUUUCAUUUAAUUGUGGUGACAUUAGUGUCUUUAAAAUAGAACUGCGAUUACUGCAUUUUUCUGAUCAAAUAUUUUUAGUGCCUUCUGCUGCCCAAUGAACUGAAUAAAAAAUUCUCAUAAAAUUUUUAUACGAUUAUCUCUAU